UCUCUUGUAUAUUGAAAAUCGUUUAUAUAUUUAAGCAGCGUUUUAAUGUCAGUAAUAGUGUUAAUAAUGUGUAAGAAGAGAUUGUACCCGAGAAGCUGAUAAAUCGCUCACAAAUAAACUGGUCGAGUGUAAAUCUAGAUUUUACUCCUGCUUGUCUAGAUUUAAACAAGACAACUGUCAUAAUAUUCGUUAUUAUUUGCUUUUUAAUUUAUAAUUACUGUUUAAAACUCAACAGUUGUGAUUUUCUAUAGUAGGAUUUCAUGUACUUGACAGCGAGUAGUAAUUCUCACUGAAGUUCCGGUCUCGGCCGCUAGAGGUCGCAAAUGAUCAAUAUUCCACAUUCUUAAUAAUUGCAUAACACUGGACAGUUUAAUGUUUAACAUGUUUUUUUUGUUUGUUUGUUUAUUUUUUGUUUUUUGCUGUUUCAGCAUGUUCCUCGUAGGGUUAACGGGAGGUAUCGCCUCGGGGAAGAGCACAGUGUCUUCUCAGCUAAAAGAACUGGGCUGUCCAGUUAUUGAUGCAGAUGUGGUUGCCCGGAAAGUGGUGGAGCCCCAGAGCCCAGCAUACAGGCUGAUCGUGCAGCAUUUUGGAAGGGACAUUUUGUUAGACAAUGGAGAAAUUGACAGACAGAAACUGGGGCAGAUGAUCUUCUCCAACCCCGAGAAACGUAGACUUCUCAAUUCCAUAACGCAUCCGGAAAUACAUAAAGAAAUGUUCAGACAGAUUCUGCUUUACUUCAUUAAAGGCUACAGAUAUGUGAUUUUGGAUGUGCCUCUGCUUUUCGAAACCCGUCGUCUCACUCGUUUCCUUACCCACACUGUUGUUGUAUACUGUGAUCCGGCUACACAGCUGUCCCGUCUGAUGCAUAGAGAUGAUUUGAGUCAGGAAGAGGCCGAACAGAGAAUCGCGGCUCAGAUGCCUCUCAAAGAGAAGCGUGGACUAGCCAGCCAUGUGAUUGAGAACUCGGGCUCUCGCGAGGACACUCACAGACAGGUCCUUCGCCUGCACACCAAACUGGAGGACUCCAUGGAGUUUUUGGUUGUUAGGGCCGUUGCCGUGGCGGCCGUGGCUGGGCUCGGCGGUCUGUUCCUAUAUACAGUCAGACUGCUCGUCUCUUAGAAAACAUUCAGAACUGCAUCUAUAGUAUAAAAACAUUGAAGAAUAUGAUUUUAUAUUUCAACAUUUUAAGUUGUUGUUCAAUGCUUAACUCAUUUUUAUUUGACUUUACUUGAUAACUGUCUGCUAAAGAGAAAACACUUUCUUACCACCACCAACAGACAGUCCUUUUAACAAUGCACUUGUUACUGUAUAGCAGACACACAGCCUAUGCAACUGUGAUCAACACAAUUAUUGUGAUAUUAGACCUAUGUAAAAUAUUGUAUAAAAUAUGACUAACUGUCACUAACACUAGAAUUAAACUGUUGCAAUAUGA